AUGGGGAACCACAAGGAAGGCUAAGUUCCCCUAGGUCUCACGCGCGCUUUCAGAUCGGGGAGAGAGGCACCGCGACCACAUCUGGACCGCCCUAGCCAGCGGCGGAAUCCCACCAGACCACGUGAAUUCUAGGGGUGGCCCCCCGCGCCUCCGCCUACAGCUGCCGUUGCCUUAUAAGGCGGGGCCGGGCGGCGCCGGGGGAGUGGCUGCAGCCGCCCCUGCCCCUGCUGGCCCUGGCCAGCUGCUGGGAUCCACCACCCUGCGCAGCGCAGCCGCCGCGGAGCAGAGGAGCGCACACAGUCGGCCAUGGGCAAGUCAGCUUCCAAACAGUUCAAUAACGAGGUCCUGAAGGCCCACAACGAGUACCGGGCUAAGCACGGUGUCCCUCCACUGAAGCUUUGCAAGAAGCUCAACCAAGAAGCUCAGCAGUAUUCAGAGGCCCUUGCCAGCACAAGAAUCCUCAAACACAGCCCAGAGUCCAGUCGUGGCCAGUGUGGGGAGAACCUUGCGUGGGCAUCCUACGACCAGACAGGAAAGGAAGUGGCUGAUCGGUGGUACAGUGAAAUCAAGAACUACAACUUCCAGCAGCCUGGCUUCACCUCAGGGACCGGCCACUUCACAGCCAUGGUGUGGAAGAAUACGAAGAAGAUAGGCGUGGGGAAGGCAUCGGCAAGCGACGGCUCCUCCUUUGUGGUGGCCAGAUACUUUCCUGCAGGGAAUGUCGUCAACCAGGGCUACUUCGAGGAAAAUGUCCCACCUCCAAAGAAGUAACUCACCAGAUGUCACGAGAAACUGGAGACACACGUAUAAAGUGCCUAUAGACAAACAAAGAGCCAGCCGAGGGUCUGCCCCUGUGGGUGCACUGUGCACACACAGGCAGCUGGCCAUGAGCUCAUCCCGGUUAAAGGAUGGACAUCCAAAACGUUUAUCCCGAGGGUUGCCUAGACCACAGUUACUUAGAUUUGGGUGAGAUCAAUCCUGACAUCUUUUUGCUGUUGUUUUUUUGUUUUGUUUUGGUUUGGGUUUUUUUUUUUUUUUUUUUUUU